AUGUCCCUCAAAAUUGACGACAGUACCAAAGUCUGGAAUGUGCAAAACAUCAUCAGGAUUCGCCAGCUCAGACGGCUGCACCAAGGUGCAUGUAGGCCGUGGAAAUUUAUCCCUGUAGUUAAAUCAAUUGGUGCACAUAGAACGUUCUAUAAAAGCUCAGCUCAACUCUCAAAUUCAGCAAUAGAGCUUUUUCAGGGAGGACUUCGUAUCAACUUAUUCAGGUUGUUAUCAAGUAAUGGACCCUAUGAGACAAAAUUAACUUCUAUUUACAAUGCUGUAACAAAAGUUUUUGUUGCUGCGAUACCAAAAGAGGUUAGGUCUGUACCUCCAGUUGAACCAUUUACAACUUGCUUUAACUCGAGAGAUAUUCGUAUGUCGCGACUUGGCUUCAAUGCUCCUGAAAUUAACAUCGGACUACACAAGAAAAAAGUGCAUUGGACAAUUACUGGAGCGAAUUCAUUGGUAAAAGUUAACGAGGAUGUUGCAUGUUUAGCCUUCGUCGAAAGACGCACUAGAGAUUGGGGACAAGCAUUUAUUAUAGGUUCGUAUCAGAUGCAGGACAACUUAGUGGAGUUUGAUAUUUCCAGAAGAAGAAUUGGUUUCAGUAACUCGCUCUUUUUCCAUCGGAUCAUGUGCACAAACCAGAACUAUACUUAG